GCAUUUUGCAUUGUUUUGAUUUUGUCCAUCGUCGAAGUCGAGUCUUCCUUGAAUGAAGUUUAUGGCAAAAUUUUCAGUUAAUUCUGUUAUGCUGAGUUAAAAUGACAAUGAUAUCUCUUUAUUUACAACCGUGGAAAAAGUUGAGUUACAUUUCCUCAAACUGCCGAGUGUUAACCAGUCCUAGAUGUUUCUACAGUCAAGGGUUCGACAAAUACUCAGAUGUACAAAAGGAGAAAAUUAUCAAAGUUAUCAAUGAUGCCACGGCUGAAAUUUCAGACUAUGACAUAAGCAAAGCAAAGUUAAAGAAAUUCUCUCAAUGGAGAAACAACAAGGGUGAAAUUAACACAUUAUCCGACUUAGAGCUAGUAGAAGGUUUCACUAAGAGAACUGCCAUCAAGUUGUAUGACAGCAUACUUGAAGGUCCGGAGAAGAAAGAGAAGAGGAGUAAUAAAAUUAAGGGACAGAUUUUGCAUCCUGCUUUAAGUGAAAGUGUUAGACAGAACUGCCAAUCCGUCCUAGCGGUAUACAUCAACGUCAAUUCAGUUGUCUGGACCCUGAUCAACCGGAGCAACUACACAGUGGCUGAUUGGAGAUAUGACCCUAUCAGUUAUCCGGAUGGGAAGAAACUUCAGAUCACUGAUAUUUAUGAUAUUGCAUCAUCCGUAACCCACCGUUUACCUCCAGCUGACAUUUAUGUAAUGAAGGCUGAAGCCACAUCUCUCCGGGCCGCCGGCAGCGACCCUAGCAACGCUAAAGCUAUAGCGGUGAAUCUGCAAAAAGCACAGAUGAUCGCUAUGAUUGUGGCUAUGAUCAAUUCUAGUAAUGUUGACUUUGAUGACCAAGAUAAAGAGGAUGUUCCCAAACAUAAAGUAUACUUUCUAAGACAUUCACUUCCAUAUAGGUUAUAUGGAACUCUCGUCGGCAACGAACGCGUAUCAACAGACCAAACAGUAGAAAUGAUACUCCAAAACACUUUAGAAUCCCAGGUCAAAGUACCAGAGAAUCUGAAAACCAUGUUCAGGUCGCAGAAAGACCUGCCAAAAGACAUGCUUGGGCAUAGCCUGUUGCUGGGACUGACUUUUAUGGAUCUCUGCAUUUAUAAGAAUCAGGAAAGCAUAGACAAGUUAAUAAGAAGAAAUGAUAGUUGAGUGUUUACCGUGGUGGUUCAGUGUAUACCUGUUUCGUCUCUGGCCGGUGAGUUUUGCUCUUGUUUUAGGCACACCUCACAUGGGCUGUAUUUCUGAUUUUUCCAUGCAAAAAAGACAUCAUAGAACUAAUCUAAAUGUAUUCUGUAACCAUAGAUUCCAGUGCUUAAUUUAUGAUGAUUUCACCUCAUCUGUGGUACGCCAAUGGCAUAGACAAAAGACCUAAGUAGUCGACGAAGUAUAA